GCGGGAUGACGGGGUGAUACGUUCUCAUGUAUGUCACGGUUCACUCUACUGUCCAUUCAUGUCGUGAUAGGGGUAGGGGAAACAGAGGCGCCUAGCCCUUCUGUCUACCCCGGGAGCAAGGCCAGUGUCGGAUUCCCUCACCGCCCGACCUCCCCCAAGAAGAAAAGGUGGACCAGAGCAGCCCAGCUUCCUGCCAGCCUAAGGGUCACCUGGAUCCGGCGAGACCCCCCCGCCAUUCCAGUCUCCCGCCACUUCAUGUGCUAGCUGCUGAACUCUGAGGAGGGGUGAAGAGAAGAGGAUGAAGAUGGGGUGAUUACUCUGGAUUAGGCAUCUCAUCAUGCCAUCCUGUGUGGUGCGUGGCUGCAGUCAUGCAGAGAAGAAGCGUGAUCCGUCUAGAAUUUUGCAUGGUUUUCCAAAAGAACCUGAGAAAAUCAAGCUUUGGCUGCAUCAGACUGGACAAUAUGGUGUCGACCUUGAUGACAUGGUUGUGAAAGUGUAUCUAGGAAAAGUGUAUGACACUUAUAGAAUGUGUUCCUUACACUUCACAAAUGACAGUUACCGCUAUGAUGGAUACCGGAGGAUUUUAAAAAAGGAUGCCGUUCCUACUAUUUUUAAUAAAAUAAAACAAUCUACAGUGUCAGGAUACUUAUUUAGUACUUCUAGUGAGCAACACACCCUUUCUGCUACACCUACUGAUGACCAAAAACCAUCUUCUUCUGCAGUACAUAUAUUUCGGGUCGAGCCUCAGGUUAUUCAUCCAAAGCCAUCUUUACAACCUACCAUCCAGCGAAUGACUUUAGUUCCUGUGGUUCCUCAACGUCUUAUUUUUCAACCAUGUGGCAUCAGUCAAAAAAAUAAUUCGGUAGUUAGCAACACAUCAUCAUUAGUAACCACUCAACCCACUGCAAUCAAAACUAGUGAUGCCAUGCAUAUGCAUUCAGCCAUAUUAAAUGUAAAUCAGCAGUCAACUGUAUCUGGACCUUCUACGUCCUCCAUUUUGGAAGUACCAUUGUCAUCAUCACUGUCUAUUAAACGGAGUACAUCUGUAAAUUCAGAAUUGACAGCAUCAUCUCAUGGUAGUAAACUGGAGAAGCUACCUGCUAAAUUACAGCAUAAUACUUCAGUCCCAGUCACAUUUGUGCAAAAACCACCCUCUUCUGUUCUUGGUGAAACAAAGCCAUGCUCCAUGACAGUCCUUCCAGUUUCUGGAAAUGUGACCCCUAAGACACAGACACCAUCUUCUAUAUCGGUUGUCAAUAAUCCACUUAAAAUCCCUGAUUGUCAGCCACCAUCAAAGAAAAGAAAGCUGGAGGAAAAUAUUGCCCCAAGUGUUUUGCUGAGUCAAUCUAUGAGCCAAACAACUGUUAAUACAGGUAAACUUUAUUUUGUAUCAAGCAACGCACCAGUGGUUCAGCCAUCUUAUCUGAUUCCAAAGCCUUUAAUGGUUGACAAAGGUGUCAACACUGAUUCCUUCACAAACAGAAAAAGUUGCUGUAUUGCCACUGAUCCAAUGCACAGAAAAAGAAGUGUACAUACACAAACUAAAAUAUAUAGGAAACAUCGUAAAAUUAUGUGCACCUUAAUACUUCCAUAUGAGCCAAUCAAUGAUAAUAACUCAGACUCAACUGUAUCUCUUGCCAGCCCAGAAGAUAUAGGAUUUAGUGAUUGUAGUCCUUCCAGGUCAAGUGACUGUGGCGAUGAUCCACUUCACAUUUUAGAACCCGUUAAUUUAGAUUUAGUUAAAGUUGAAAUAUUGUCAGAUCCUGAAGUGGAUGCACCUACUUUUUCAGAUAGCAAACAAGCAAUCCAUAUUAAAGAAGAAAGUGAAUCUGUGGGGCAGGCUGUUCCCCUAAAAUCUUUUAAAAGUACCUACACAUUACCAGAAUUUGACAUCAGUACAAUGAAAACAGAACCCUAUAUAAAAACAGAAGAGGAUCAAUUCCCAAUUUCUAGUGCACACAAAGUGAGUAAUAUUUUAUCUCAAAACCCCCAAAUUGAAAGGACGUCACCCAUUCCAAGCUAUCCAUUGGCUCCAGGUUGGAGAAAUCUGACUUCUUGGGAAACAUCUGCCAUACCGACUGAUGAUGAACUAGAAGACCUUAAUGACUCCUCGUUCUAUAUCAAUGAAAUGAGGGAGGAUGAAGAUGAAUCAUUCUUACUUCCAAGUGAUGCAGAAGAUGAAGACGACAUAAAACCUGUGUUCCAGGACUUGGAUUCACCAGUGGAGAAUCCCGUUGAAGAAGAAAAGUAUAUUGUUUUUGAAUCCUGUCUGAAAAAGCUGAUAAUGAUGAUCCCGUGUAUGUCAGAAACAAAGUGUAUGUCACCACUUACACAAUACAGAAAAGAAACCAUUGGAUCCUAUUUGUCUAUAGAAGUUCGUUGCAGAUCUGGUCAUACAAGGUUACUAUGGGAAAGCCAGCCAAGACAUGGAUAUCAACCAAUGGGAAAUGUUCUGUUAUCUGCCGCAGUGCUAUUUAGCGGUUCAAGUUUUCUAAAAUCCCAACAUAUGUUUAAAUUGCUGAAUCUGAAAUCAAUAGACAAAAGUACCUAUUAUAAAACUCAGUCUAUGUACCUGUUUCCUACCAUUAAUCAUCACUGGAAGGAGGAACAAAAAGCAGUCAUACAAAGUGUCCAGGAAAGACCACUUUGCUUGGCAGGAGAUCAACAAUUGGACAAUCCUGGGUUUUCUGCCAGGUACUCUAUAUACUCCAUGAUGGAUGUGGCCAGCAAGAAAAUUUGUUCGUUUUCCGUACAGCCGGUUAUUCCACAAGUGACAUUGGAAGGCCUAGAAAAAAUAGGAUUUCAGAAGUCUAUGGGUGAGCUCCAAACUCUGAAUGCUGAAGUGAAGAUGAUUGUUACUGACAGAAGUGUUGCUAUUCAGGAACUUCUGAAGAACAAUUAUCCUGGUAUCAUUCAUCAGUUAGAUCUGUGGCACCUAUCCAAAUCAGUUGGCAAUGAAGUUUUAAUGGCAGCCAAACAUAAAGACUGUGAAAUCAUAUAUGAAUGGGUGGAGGCAAUCAGGAACCAUAUUUGGUGGAGUUCUUGCACUUGUUGUAAAAACCAUGAUUUGUUAAUUGAAAAAUGGAAAUCAGUUCUUCAGCAUGUUACCAAUGUUCAUGAGUGGGGUGGUGAUAGUGACUGUAAAGCGUGUCAUCAUCCACCUCUACCAGAAGAAGUGGUGAAUAGUGCAAACUGGUUGGAAAAAGACUCAAUUGCCCAUGAACAACUCAAAAAAAUAGUAGAAAAUACCAGUCUAUUAAAGGACCUAAAACGUGUCUCCUUCCUCUGUCACACUGGAGAGUUAGAGAUCUACCAUACCACUUGCCUUAAAUAUCGUCCAAAGACGUUACAUUUCUUCCUGGACUCUAUGGUAGCACGGACACAACUCGCAGCCCUUGACCACAACAGAAAUGUCUGUAGAGUUAAGGAAUUGGUGAAAAAUGCUUCAAGUGGAAAUGCAUUAAGUACUAUGACACAGGGAUUGGACGUCUCCAAAGGUCAAAAGUCAUGGAUUAUCAAGGCUCUGUAUAAAUCAAUCUGUCAUAAUUUUCUGUUUGACAUCAUGAAUGAUGUCAUAGGACUUGUCAAAGAGGUGCAAACAUUUCAAUGACCCUUCACUUUUGAGGAAAUACCACUUAAGAGGUUUACAUUCUCUAUUAGCUGUGUGAUAAAUUCACACAGCACCCAAAAACAAUUUUUUAAAAUCAUUUGUACAUUUUGAUUUAUCUAUUUUACACAGUUGUGUAUAUAAAUAUUCCUAAUUCUUGUACAAACACAUUUCUUAAGUAAUGACAAUAUUUUUGGAGUAUAAGACUUGCUAGUCUCCAGUCAGGGAGGUCCAGUUAGUUGGUAGAAAAUAUGUAUUUUCUAACUGCAGUUCUCUAAAGCUGAAAG